ACAGGACCCGAGUUCGAUCGUAAGCAGUCGCAAAUCGGAGAAAAUUUAUCAGCUUCGCCUUCUUCCGCCACCGUCGCCGUUACAGCUAGAACCGAAGGAGCUUCUUUCCCCAGAAAUAAUCUGAUCUCCUCUUUAUUGAACAAGUAACAGUGGAAGCUGUUGUUUUGAAUCAAUUGAAGCUCUGUCUCCGAGUUUUGGAUCCGUGGUAUUAGCUAAGGUGGGAAAUUUCUGAGUUGGGGAGCCAUGGUGUGGUGUAAACAUUGUGGAAAGAAUGUUCCCGGAAUACGCCCCUACGAUGGUGCAUUGGCAUGCAAUUUAUGUGGGAGGAUAUUGGAAAAUUUCAAUUUUUCUACUGAAGUUACAUUCGUUAAGAACGCGGCUGGACAGAGCCAAGCGUCAGGUAACAUAGUGAGGAGUGUUCAGAGUGGGAUCUCAAGCUCACGUGAAAGGAGAAUUAGAAUUGCUAGAGAUGAGUUUAUGAAUUUGAGAGAUGCCUUGGGAAUUGGUGAUGAAAGAGAAGAUGUGACUGACAUGGCUGUUCGAUUCUUUACAAUGGCAGUCGAACAAAAUUUCACUAAAGGCCGCAGAACUGAACUAGUACAGGCUUCCUGUCUCUACUUGACUUGCAGGGAAAAGAACCUUCCGUAUCUUCUUAUUGAUUUUUCAAGCUACCUUCGAGUUAGCGUUUAUGAGUUAGGUUCUGUGUACUUGCAACUCUGUGAAAUGCUGUACAUUGCUGAAAACCGGAAUUAUGAAAAGCUUGUUGAUCCUUCAAUAUUCAUUCCUCGAUUCUCAAACAGCUUAUUGAAAGGAAAACUUCGUAAAGAUGUUUGGCAUACAGCUAGAGACAUUAUAGCUAGUAUGAAGAGAGAUUGGAUACAGACCGGCCGGAAACCUAGUGGAAUAUGUGGAGCAGCACUUUACACAGCUGCGCUUUCGCAUGGUAUCAAGUGCUCUAAGACAGAUAUUGUGAAAGUUGUGCAUAUAUGUGAAGCAACUCUAACCAAACGAUUGAUUGAGUUUGGAAAUACCGAGUCCGGAAGUUUAAAUGUUGAUGAGCUCACAGAAAAAGAAAGAGAAAGAGAAAGGGAAAUGCAUAAAGAACCUGUUUCCACGAAACCAAAGUCAAACAAAGAGAGGGUGCUCUGUAUGCAUCAGGAUUGUAAACCUUUUGGUUAUGGACUCUGUGAGAGCUGUUACAAGGAUUUCAUUACUGUUUCUGGAGGACUUGUUGGUGGGUCGGAUCCUCCUGCUUUCCAGCGAGCAGAAAUAGAGAGAAUGGAAAAAGCAGCUAGAGAAGAAAACGAGGAAAGAGGUGGUAGUCUAAACCAUGAUGAACGACUAAAUUCCGAGAGAGAAGCUGACUAUUGCGGUGUGAACAAAAGUGAGAAACGAUGUUCGGAGAAAGGUGAAGGAAAAAAGGAUGGGGAUUAUGGACAUCUUGAAGAUUCGGACGAAUCAGACAACUUUUCUGAUGUCAACGAUGAUGAGGUGGAUGGCUAUAUUCACAACGAGGAGGAAAAGCGUUAUAAGAAGAUCUUAUGGGAAGAAAUGAACAAAGAAUAUCUUGAGGAGCAAGCAGCUAAGGAAGCAGCUUUGAAGGCGGCUAGUGAAGCUUUAAACGCCAGCAACUCUAAUUGCCCAGAACAUGCAAGAAAGCUUGUUGAAGCUUCUAAAGCUGCUGUGACAAAAUCUAGAAAGGAAAAGCAACAAAAACGAGCUGAGGAAGCAAAGAACGCGCCUCCCCCAGCCACAGCCAUGGAAGCUGUUCGGAGAACUCUUGAUAAAAAGAGACUUAGUGGGCUAAUAAAUUUCGAAGUUUUGGAGGAGCUCUUUGAUACAUCCCCAGCUGAAAAAUCACCCAAGAGAUCGAAAACCGAGACGGGCAAGGAGAAACAGAAGAAGGAAGAGAAGGAGGAACUGAGGAGCAAUGAAAAUGAGAAUGGUGAAAAUGAAGACGAAGAUGAAGCUGGAGCUGAAGAGGCUGAAGAAGGCUAUGUAGAAUUAUACGACAUGAAAACAGAUUUUCAAGACGGCGAGAAAUUGUAUGAAGAGGAAGAGGAAGAGGAAGAGCAAGAAGAGGAUGGUUAUGAUUUUGGAUUGUAUUGAUAUAAAUUCUACAUAAAAUAUGUAUAUACAAACUAACUAAUGAAGGUUUACAUAAAGUUUUAUAUCUAAAAUUAUGCGUCAGUCUUUUGAAGGAAACAAAGGCUUUUUUAGACCCAAUCUUUGUAAAAAUGUUAAAUCUAUACAUAAACUUAUGUACAGUGCUAUUUCAUAUUUAAUCUAUUUAAACAUU